CAAGAUCGGUGAACGCCCUGAAGCUACUCGCUUACAGCACAGAGAAUUCCAAUCCAUUAUCUACUAAAAUGAAACUUUUGGCUGUUCUACUGUCAUUGAUUGGAGGCUUCAUAACAGCUUCAAGGUAUGCAUCAGCUGUAAAAUGCGCAGUGUCCCUUCCUCAGCACUCAGAUUCCAAUCCAGUCUGUAAGGCUGUCAGGAAUGCUGCUCUUGCUGAAAACAAGAAGACAUACACCUAUAAAUAUGACCCGGAGUUGCAUGGCUUUGCUUUGUUAAACAUGACCUCAGAGCAGCUGGGACAGGUUGCUCUGAAAGACCCAUUCAUGAGAUACUUCACAGUGGCCUACGUUGGAGUAACAACAGCUUCCAAUAAACUCUUGGAAACGUAUUUGAACAUGACGGCUGGACAAGAAUUCAGCGACACCUCAGACUAUCUCGCGUUGUCCAAGUUUUUUCAGUCGACUCUGGAGCCUGUAGUUGGGGAAUAUGUGAGGCUACCAUCCAAACACGAGGCGUUUAUUAACGACAAAGAUGAAUGGAUCAGUGACAAGUUUUUCACUCAGCAACGCCUAGCAGGAGCUAACCCCAUGUCAAUCAAACGAGUGAUUAUUCCCGGAGAAGAAAAAAGGAGAUGCACAGUAAAGACAAAAGAUGGAAGAUGGUGUCAUUUUCCCUUUACCUUCCAAGGGAAAGUUCAUCACGAGUGUAUCACUGAUUCUUACCAUAAAGCUUGGUGUUCAACUACAGAACGAUACAAGGGUAGAUGGGGUGUUUGUCAAGAGAAAGAGGACAUCGAAGAAGCAGAACAAACGAUGGACUGUACCGUAAAGACAAUAAAAGGCGAAUGGUGCCAUUUUCCAUUCACUUACAAAGGAGUUAAAUACGAGAAAUGUACAGAAAAGGAUUUCUAUACACCGUGGUGUGCUAUAAAUGACAAAUUCAGAUGGGGCAUUUGUGAAGAGAAAGAGGUCGAAGAGGAGAAAAAACAGGAAGAACCAAAGGGACUGGACUGGAAGGAGUUGGAGGAAACGCUAAAUCCUGAAUUUGACUGGGAAGCCGCUGUGCAAGCGGCCCUGAAGACUAAAGAAUCUUUGGAAGAUGCGAUAAGCCAAGGCCGGUUAUACGUUCUUCGUUACGAGCUUUGCGACGACAUGGUGAGGUCUCCAGACCUCACUGAUCAAGAUCCUCGAAGAACCAUGUUGGACUUUCUAUCUCCCAUCGCUUUGUUUGCAUCCGCCAAAAUUGGUCAACACAAUGAACUUGUGCCCGUUGCCAUACAAAUGGACUACGAGCCAAAUUCAGCCGUUUACACUCCGAAAGAUGGAGACAACUGGAUGAUGGCCAAACUUAAUGUUCAAGUCACGGAUUUAGGAUACUCCCAAAUUGUUGAGCACCUCGCUAAGGUCCAUUAUUUGCUGGAACCAUUCUGCCUCUCCUUAAAACGCACCUUACCUCCCAUGCAUCCGCUGAAUCAGAUACUGAAGUUUCACUGCCGGGAGUUACUUGUCCCCAACACUUUUGGAACUCCAGCAUUGGUGAACGAAGCGCGGUUCAUGGAUCUCCUUUUUGCAUAUGGAAAUGACGGAGCAGUAAGGCUUCUUCGUGACGCACAUCCAUUCGCCACUUGGGAUGUAACAGAUUUCAGACGCAACAUCAAGGAACGCGGAGUGGCCGACAAGAAGCUCCUGCCAUACUUUCCUUUUCGAGAUGAUGGUGAAAAAAUCUAUGAAGUUAUCGAAGACAUGAUAAAGAAUUACGUGAACUUGUAUUAUAAGGAGGAUGAAGAUGUGACUGAAGACGUGGAGCUUCAGGCUUAUCUGAAUGAAGUGUCACUAAACGGAACUGGACCAAAUGGUGGCCUUGGAAGGAUUCAAGGUUUGCCUCCAAGAAUUGAUUCCAAGGAAGAACUCUGUGACAUUGUGACCCGCAUCAUCUCUCAUUUGACGAUUGGGCAUGCCGCGGUCAACUACGAGCUCUCAGACUAUGCUGAAUACAUACCCAACCUUCCGACUAAGCUGUACAAUGACACCAGAGCGGAAGAAGGGGAGUUCUCUGUUUAUUGGCUGCCUAACAGAGCUACUUCUGCUAUCGAGGCCAGCUUCAGUAAUUCCCUGGCGACUUUCCGCUUCGAUUCCUUGUUUGACUACGGCAACGAACUUGAGGACAACAAGGCUGUCAACCUCGUCAAUGGUUACUAUAGUUACCUAAUGCAUAAGAUUCAGCCUCUCUUGCAAGAAGUAAACCAGAAACGGGAGAAGAGUGGUCACCUGACCUAUCCUUAUUUUAUUCCAAGAUGGCUGCCGAAUGGUAUACAUACUUAGGAAGUUCGUUUUUCUCGUAGGAGGUCGCAUGCGAUACAAGCUGCGAUCUAAGAAGAAACAACACUAAUCGUAUUGCUUAUUGAAUGUCUCGCGUUAAAGCGUGGGUAAAUAUUGUCAAAGCUGUAGAGGCGGCACUGCUCUGUAUGUGUUGUUAACAAAUGAGCUUUGAAGGUCAAUUAAAUGACUUGUGGGCAUGCGUGCUUGUUUUUUGUCA